CAACCGAUCACAAUGAACUCAACUCUAUACAUCCUCUAUUGAUUCGUUCAAACCAAAGCAAGCAUAAUCCGAAAAUUCUGAUUUGUUUUCUAGAAACUAUAUUGAUAUUAGAAAAUGGGUGUUCGUCUUCCUGGAGCUAUUCUUGCCAAGCAAAUCCUACGCCGGUCUGUCCUAACUGCAAAUAAAACAGGUUCAGCAUCUUCAGAAGUACCGAAAGGCUUCCUUGUUGUUUAUGUUGGACAAACUGAGAAGAAGAGAUAUAUGGUACCUGUGUCCUAUUUGAGUCAGCCUCCAUUUCAAGCUUUAUUAAGAAAAGCUGAAGAAGAAUUUGGAUUUGAUCAUCCAAUGGGUGGCUUGACGAUUCCUUGCAGAGAAGACAUUUUCAUUGAUGUUACUUCUCAGUUGAACAGAUCAUAAGACAACAAUUUUGUAUAGAUACAUUACAAAUGACUUGUAAAACAGUUAGCUCCAAAAUUGACUGUAAAAAUAUCAUGCUUUUUCUACCAGUAAAUUAGAGAAAUAUUUUUUAACUUGAAAUUAGAACUUGUUCAUUGCUUCCCUUCUCUUUCCUUUUCCUUCUUUUUCCAUUAGAUCUUACAAAAUAGUUGUUUAUGGAAUUACUACUAUUUUUGCUUCUGCAGUUAGGAUUUAUUGCUGCAUUCUACAUCUUUUUUGUCUGAUUUUCCAUUACUCAGGAACUUAUCACAAACCAAUCAUUAUAAACACCAUUAAUUGUCAAGAAUGUUCAUAUGUAAAUCAGCAUGCACAUAGCUGUAGAUCUAACAGAAGCAGUCAAGUAACAUUA